AUGUGUGGCAUUUUCGGUUACGUCAACUACCUGGUGGAGAAGGACCGCAAGUUCAUCGUAGACACUUUGAUCAACGGUCUUUCUCGCCUUGAGUACCGUGGCUAUGAUUCAGCCGGUCUAGCCGUCGAUGGCGACAAGAAGAACGAGGUCUUCGCCUACAAGGAGGUUGGCAAGGUCGCUAAGCUCAAGCAGCUCAUUGAGGAGUCCAAGCCCGACCUGACCCAGAUCUUCGACUCUCACGCUGGUAUUGCCCACACCCGAUGGGCUACCCACGGCCCUCCUUCUCGCCUGAACUGCCACCCCCACCGAUCCGACCCCACUUGGGAGUUCACCGUCGUCCACAAUGGUAUCAUCACCAACUACAAGGAGCUGAGGACGCUACUCAGCAGCAAGGGCUUCAAGUUCGAGACCGAGACAGACACCGAGUGCAUCGCCAAGCUGGCGAAGUACCUGUACGACCAGCACCCUAACGUCGGCUUCACCGAUCUCACCAAGGCUGUCAUCUCCGAGCUUGAGGGUGCUUACGGUCUGCUGAUCAAGUCCGUUCACUACCCCCAUGAGGUUGUUGCCGCUCGCAAGGGUUCUCCUCUCGUUAUCGGCGUCAAGACUCAGCGCCGCAUGAAGGUCGAUUUUGUCGAUGUUGAGUACUCCGACGAAAACACCGCCCUCCCCGCCGAGGAGGCUUCCCAGAAUGUCGCCCUCAAGAAGCAGAACGACCUGCUUAACCCUACUUCUCUGCUGGCUGCCCCUGACAAGUCCCUGCUGCACCGUUCUCAGUCACGUGCUUUCAUGACCGACGAUGGCAUGCCCAUGCCGACCGAGUUCUUCCUCUCUUCAGACCCUUCCGCUAUUGUUGAGCACACCAAGAAGGUCAUGUACCUUGAGGAUGACGACAUUGCCCACAUCCACGAGGGCUCGCUGAACAUCCACCGCCUCAAGAAGGCUGACGGCAGCUCCAACGUCCGUACUAUUCAGACCCUCGAGCUUGAGCUCCAGGAGAUCAUGAAGGGCAAGUUCGACCACUUCAUGCAGAAGGAGAUCUUCGAGCAGCCCGAGUCCGUGGUCAACACUAUGCGUGGUCGUCUCGAUGUUGCUAACAAGACUGUCACUCUUGGUGGCCUGCGCUCGUACAUCUCGACCAUCCGCCGCUGCCGUCGCAUCAUCUUCAUUGCUUGCGGCACCAGCUACCACUCUUGCAUGGCUGUCCGUGGUAUCUUCGAAGAGCUUGCUGAGAUCCCGAUUGCCGUUGAGCUGGCCUCCGACUUCCUUGACAGACAGGCCCCCGUCUUCCGUGACGACACUUGCGUCUUCGUCUCCCAGUCUGGCGAGACGGCUGACUCGCUCAUGGCCCUGCGCUACUGCCUCGAGCGCGGUGCUCUGACCGUCGGUAUUGUCAACGUCGUUGGCUCCUCCAUCUCCCUCCUCACCCACUGCGGUGUGCACGUUAAUGCCGGCCCCGAGAUCGGUGUUGCUUCUACUAAGGCCUACACCUCGCAAUUCAUCGCCAUGGUCAUGUUCGCGCUGUCUCUCAGCGAAGACCGUGCCUCCAAGCAGAAGCGUCGUGAGGAGAUUAUCGAGGGUCUCUCCCACAUCAGCGACCAGAUCAAGGACAUCCUUACCCAGGACCAGGCCAUUAAGGAGCUCUGUGCCAAGACAUUCAAGAACCAGAAGUCGCUUCUCCUGUUGGGCCGUGGCAGCCAGUUUUCCACUGCUCUCGAGGGUGCGCUGAAGAUCAAGGAAAUCUCCUACCUUCACUGCGAGGCUGUCAUGUCUGGUGAGCUGAAGCACGGUGUGCUGGCUCUAGUCGACGAGAACCUUCCCAUCAUCAUGAUUCUUACCCGUGAUGAGAUCUUCACCAAGUCUCUCAACGCCUACCAGCAGGUCGUUGCUCGCAGCGGCAAGCCCAUCGUCAUUUGCAACCCCAACGACGAGGAGUUCAGUGCCAGCCAGGCUCAGAAGAUUGAGAUCCCCAAGACCGUCGAUGCCCUGCAGGGUAUUCUGAACGUCAUUCCCCUCCAGCUGAUUGCCUACUGGCUCGCCGUCGGUGAGGGUCUCAACGUCGAUUUCCCUCGCAACCUGGCCAAGUCGGUCACUGUCGAGUAA